UGAGGAAAAACUGCCGCCGGGUUGUAUUUUAUUUACCAGGGCGAGGCUGUCACAUCACCGUUACAGGUUGUGGUGUCAAUUAAAACAGUAACCGUGUGAGGGGGAAAAGUAAUUACCGUGUUACCGGUUAGCUGAGCUGUAGUCAGGGCGCAGGUGAUGAGACUGAACCUCCAGUGUAGCCAAGUAAAGGGCGCGUAGGAGGAAAAAUGGAGACGAGGUAUGGCCGCAAAUCGAGAAUCGAUAUUUCAACCGCAGUCAUUCACCCCGUCUAUCAAUAACUAUGAUGUCGCCUCUUUUCUUCAAAGAUUUGAGUCGCGGAGAAGAAACUACGAGUAGCUUAUUUCCCAUGUGUACUUCUCUGUGUGUACAUUAACAGUUAGUGUGUAUUGUGUGAUUAUGAUUAGUUGUUAGAAAACGAGCUCUGUAGCCGUUAAUUCGAUAAAGCGAGGCGGUUUGAGUCAUCCGCCGCAGCGCGAGCUGCUCCCGCUCUUUGUGAUGAAGCUAACAGAAUCCUUGACGGUGGCGCGAGGUGCCAACUGCUGACCGUUAUAAAUGUCUUAACAAUAAAAGCCAAACUGGACUAAAACUAAACUAAAGGUCGCUGGAGAGAGUGAUGACGUGGCAGUGAGGGACACACAUACCUCACUUGCACACACAUACACUCACAAACACACACACAUAUUGGCCCACACACACUUUAAGUCUUGCCCUACUAAGACAGGAAAGAGGGAGAGAAAAUUCAGCUAUGACGGGGUCAUUUCUCUCCAUUACCAAUGUGUGAGCCACAAACCCACACGCACACACACGUACUCCGUGGGGAGUUGCCUUCAUGGGGGAUAAGGCCCUAUCUAGGGCACAAAGAUGGAGUUCGCAUCCUAUUCGUCAUGUAUCUAGCAGUCACACAGAUGCACACACAAAUACACACACCUGGAGUGUCAUAUGUCAGAAGUGAAGAAUGAAAGACUGAAUGGAGAGACAACACUGAGCAUCCCAGAGAAGACACCAACACGGCGUAGAGGGGAAGAAGAUUCCCAGAACUGCUGAAGGACGGAGGGAGCAGCAGUUCAACCCCCUUCCUUAUUGUGAAGUCACUUCCUGUUGUAAAGAGAACCCCUAAAAAAGCAGGGCACACCUGAGAUCCAGAGAAAGUGUUGUACUAAGUGCCCUACAGUGAUCACCAUGAGCUGUAGGCUGGAGAGAACAGCCCAGCUCUAGCCUUUCUCUCCUUCAGUGUGUGUGUGUGAGUGUGAGAGCGAGUGUGUGUAUGAGUGUGAUGGCAGUGUGUGUUUGGGCGGCAGCCCCCCUACUCUUCCUGGGGCUGUGCCUUUGCAGUGUAGGGGGCCAGGCCCAAGGUGAGGUCCUGGAGUUUGGAGGUGUGUCCAGCCAGUGGGGGCGUUUCCCUGUGUGGAACGCCUGCUGCGAGAGCGUGCUGAGCUUCAGCCUGCGGACUCACAGCCAGGAGGGCCUGCUGCUCUACCUGGAUGAUGAGGGCUUCUGUGACUUCCUGGAGCUGCUGCUUCUCCACGGCCACCUCCGCCUGCGCUUUUCCAUCUUCUGUGCUGAGCCAGCAGAGCUGCAGUCAGGCGUAGCAGUGAGCGAUGGGCGCUGGCAUGCAGUGCGUGUCAAGCGGGACUGGAGGAACACCUCAUUGGAGGUGGAUGGACGACUGGAGGGAUGGGCGGAAGUGAAGAGCAAAAGAAGAGAUAUGACAGUAUUCAGCCACACCUUUAUGGGCGGGGUAACACCGGAACUCCACUCAUCGCCGCUGCGCCUCACAUCCCCUUCAGUGCGGGAACACCCUGCCUUCCGUGGCUGGAUCACGGCGGUGACCAUCAACGGCUCAAUGGUGACACUGGACAGCUCAGAAGGUGUCACAGUAACAGCUGGAUGUGGGCCGGACCACCAGUGCCAGAAUGGAGGGGUCUGCAGCGUGGUCAACGACCAGGCCGUCUGCGACUGCUCCGACACCGGUUACCAAGGCAACGACUGCAGUGAAGAGCACAGCUACACUCCAGGUCUGGCACACCUGAUGAUUGGCGACCAAGCUCGAGAGGAGUACGUUGCCACCUUCAAGGGCUCGGAGUACUUCUGCUACGAUCUGUCCCCCAACCCCAUCCAGUCCAGCAGCGAUGAAAUCACGCUCUCCUUCAAGACGCUGCAGCGUAACGGCCUCAUGCUGCACACUGGCAAGUCAGCCGACUACGUCAACCUGGCACUGAAGAACGGUGCCGUGUCGCUCGUCAUCAACCUGGGCUCUGGGGCCUUCGAAGCCCUGGUGGAGCCGGUGAACGGCAAGUUCAACGACAACGCCUGGCACGACGUCAAGGUCACCCGCAACCUGAGACAGCAUUCAGGCAUUGGACACGCUAUGGUGACCAUCUCGGUGGACGGCAUCCUGACCACCACAGGCUACACCCAGGAGGACUACACCAUGCUGGGCUCUGACGACUUCUUUUACGUUGGAGGGAGCCCUAGCACCGCUGACCUGCCGGGUUCUCCAGUCAGCAAUAACUUCAUGGGCUGUCUCAAAGAGGUGGUGUACAAAAACAAUGAUGUACGAUUGGAGCUGUCUAGACUGGCUAAACAGGGGGACCCAAAGAUGAAGGUAAGUGGGGUGGUGUCCUUCAAGUGUGAGAGUGUGGCCACGCUGGACCCUGUGACAUUUGACACCCCAGAGUCUUUCGUGGCGCUGAGCAAGUGGACAGCCAAGAAGGCAGGAUCAAUCUCGUUCGACUUCAGGACCACAGAGCCAAACGGGUUGAUGCUUUUCAGCCAUGGAAAACCCAGACAGCAGCAACGCAAGGACCCAAGAACACCUCCAACAGUAAAGGUGGAUUUUUUCGCCAUUGAAAUGCUCGACGGACACCUGUACUUGCUGCUGGACAUGGGCUCGGGAACCACCAAGACCAAGGCCAUUGACAGGAAGGUCAACGACGGCGAAUGGUAUCAUGUGGACUUCCAGAGGGACGGGCGCUCAGGAACCAUCUCGGUGAACAGUGUAAGAACAGCAUACACGGCUCCGGGUGAUAGUGAGAUCCUGGACCUGGAUGACACGUUGUACCUCGGAGGGCUUCCUGAAGACAGAGCUGGUCUCAUCUUCCCCACAGAGGUGUGGACGGCUCUGCUGAACUAUGGUUACGUGGGCUGCAUCAGAGACCUGUUUGUGGACGGGCAGAGCAAAGACAUCCGGCGGCUGGCUGAGGCUCAGCGGGCAGUGGGAGUGAAGCCUUCAUGCUCCAGAGAGCCUCCCAAACAGUGCCUGUCGAACCCCUGCCAGCACACCGGCAUCUGCAGGGAGGGCUGGAACCGCUAUGUGUGCGACUGCUCCGGGACGGGAUACCUGGGACGCUCCUGUGAGAGAGAUGCAACUAUCCUGUCGUAUGACGGUAGUAAGUUUAUGAAGGUGCAGUUGCCUGUGGCGAUGCACACCGAGGCAGAGGACGUCUCGCUACGCUUUCGCUCCCAGCGGGCCUAUGGCGUUCUCAUGGCAACCACAUCUCGUAAUUCCGCAGACACCCUUCGUCUGGAGCUGGAUGGGGGCCGUGUCCGACUCACUGUCAACCUAGACUGUAUCAGGAUAAACUGUACAGCCAGUAAAGGCCCAGAGACUAUCUUUGCGGGGUCAGGCCUCAAUGAUAAUGAGUGGCACACGGUGAGGGUUGUCCGGCGUGGCAAGAGCCUCAAACUCACUGUGGACGACCUGCAGCCUGUUGAAGCCCUCAUCUCUGAAGUUUACCCCACACCACCAGGUCAAAUGGCGGGCGACCACACCCAACUGGAGUUCCACAAUGUGGAGACGGGUAUCGUGACAGAGAAGCGCUUCAUGCCAGCCGUGCCCUCCAAUUUCAUCGGCCACCUGCAGGGCCUGACGCUGAACGGCAUGCCUUACAUUGACCUGUGCAAGAACGGCGACAUUGACUACUGCGAGCUCAACGCCGUCAUCGGUUACAAGAGCAUAGUGGCGGACCCUGUCACCUUCCGCUCGCGCUCCAGCUUUGUCACGCUGCCCACGCUGCAGGCCUACUACUCCAUGCACCUCUUCAUGCAGUUCAAGACGACGUCCCCCGAUGGCCUUAUUCUCUACAACAGGGGAGAUGGCAAUGACUUCAUAGUGAUAGAGCUGGUGAAAGGCUAUCUUCAUUAUAUCUCUGACCUUGGCAAUGGGGCACACCUGAUCAAAGGAAACUCCAAUAGUCCCCUAAAUGACAACCACUGGCAUAAUGUGCACAUAUCCAGAGACACAAACAAUCUCCACACAGUUAAGAUUGAUACCAAAGUCACCACGCAGACUACCAUGGGAGCCAAGAACCUCGACUUAAAGGGUGAUCUGUACAUCGGUGGAAUCUCCAAAGAGAUGUACCGGGACUUGCCUAAGCUGGUCCACUCCCGGGAGGGUUUCCAGGGUUGCUUAGCAACAGUCGAUCUAAAUGGCCGCCUCCCUGACCUUUUGGCUGAUGCCUUGGCAACCAUGGGACAGGUGGAGCGAGGCUGUGAAGGUCCCAGCACGACGUGUCAGGAGGACUCAUGCUCAAAUCAGGGAGUGUGUCUGCAGCAGUGGGAAGGCUUCACCUGUGACUGCAGCAUGACCUCGUACGCUGGGCCUUUAUGCAAUGAUGCUGGGACCACUUAUAUCUUUGGCCGUGAUGGAGGGAUGGUGGUUUACACGUGGCCUCCUAAUGAGCGCCCUAGCACCAGAGCAGACCGGCUUGCCCUCGGGUUUAGCACCCAACAGAAACAUGCCAUUCUUCUACGUGUGGACAGCGCUGCUGGUCUGGGAGACUACCUUCAACUGCAGAUAGACAAAGGCAACAUCAGAGUAGUGUUUAAUGUCGGAACUGAUGACAUCAACAUUGAGGAGAGCACCAAGUUUGUCAACGACGGAAAGUACCACAUCAUACGGUUCACCCGUAGCGGAGGCAAUGCCACCCUCCAGCUGGAUGACCUGCCUGUCAUAGAGCGCUAUCCCUCAGGCAACAUUGAUAACGAGCGCCUGGCCAUCGCCAGACAGCGAAUCCCCUAUCGGCUCGGUCGAGUAGUUGACGAUUGGCUACUCGACAAAGGUCGCCAGCUAACCAUCUUCAACAGCCAGACGACGGUUAAAGUAGGCGGAGGCGAGAGAAACACCGGCAUGUUUCAGGGUCAGCUGUCUGGCCUCUACUACAACGGCCUCCGCAUCCUCAACAUGGCCGCUGAGGGCCACCCGCACAUCAGAGUCGAGGGCAGCGCGCGACUGGUCGGCGACAUGCCUUCGUCCUCCAUCACCCCGCAGUCCAGCGCUGCAGCGGGAGGCAACCGCUCUGACUCUGCUCCCUCCAUUAGUGACAUCACAACUACCACGGCCACCAACAGGAAGCAGGGUGCCACACAGCAGUCUGCAGACGAUCUGCUAGUGGCGUCGGCCGAGUGUCCCAGCGAUGAUGAAGACAUCGACCCUUGUGACCCCAGUUCAGCCCGCCCUCCCCUGCCAGAGGUGAAGGUAUUCCCAGGUCCGUCUGAGGUGGUGCGGGAGAGCAGCAGCACCACGGGUAUGGUGGUGGGCAUCGUGGCGGCCGCCGCCCUCUGCAUCCUUAUCCUUCUCUACGCUAUGUACAAGUACCGGAACCGAGACGAAGGCUCCUACCAUGUGGACGAGAGCCGCAACUACAUCAGCAACUCAGCCACGCAGCCCAACGGCAGCGCCAAGGACAAGCCGCUGGGCAUUGCCAAGAUCUCCAAGAACAAGAAGAACAAAGACAAGGAGUACUACGUCUGAGAGGCACGAACACACAGACAUAUACGCAUACACCUUUAUAUAUAAAACGGUAUAUGUACAUAAAUAGAUAUAUUCUCAAAAGAACUACACAGACACCAGACAUACACAUGCUGUUAAUGUUUACUCUCCAAUAAUCACACACGCUGCCAAGCACAAACAUACAACAUAUUCAAGCACAUACACAACAUAUAAGCACACACAGACUGGCCUGAGGGCAUGGACCCUUACUGUACAGUAUUUACCAAUGAAGAGCCUCUGAGAGAGGCUCGUUUUAUGAACAAACACCAUUCCAGAUGAUCUAAAAAAAGAACCAGUUCAACUCCCAGUGAAGAACUGAAUUCCAGGGCCAGCCAGAUUUAAAGUCCAGUCACUCCCCUGCCACAGUAUGACCUCUUUUGUUGGACUCAGAGAGGUCGAGGAAGCCUUUAAGCGAAGCACAUGGCAAACUGAACAAAGAUGAUGUAAAAGCACCAAGAAAAAAGCACCAAGUGUCUCUUCCAAGCUUCUCGGCCUUCUUCAGUUAGCAGAUGGAGCACUAAGGACGCUGAAGAAACAAGCACACCCGCAGUCCAAGUCUAUACCCGAGCAGGAAAUCAGGGUGUCGCAUUCAAGAUGGUGAUUGACAAGAGAAAGGCAAGGCUGGUGCUGUUAAUGUAUCAGAUGGGCUUUUUAAACUGCUGAGUUUUGCAGCACCCUGUAAAUCAAAAAAUAUGGCAGAAUCAGUGGAAAAACUGCAAGAUAUUUUCCUGGACAGGAUACUUGAGACUUCAGAUGCUACCUACAGACACCAGACGACAGGUGUCACACACAAACACUAACAGCACACAUACACUAAAAUAUCGACACAAUGCUAAAGACCCACCAUAUCUUCAAAAAACUGGAGACUAUACAGGAAGACCAUGGUGAAAUCGACAAAGACCAUUAUGAUAAUUGUUAUGGCAAUGAUAAAGAUGAAUAUGAAGAACAUUUUGGGCAGUAUAGACUCUUUGGGGAAGGGGAGGGGGGGGUCUUAUUGCACGUGAAUUAUCUUACUCCGUGUGAUUUAUACUGCGUUGAAACUCCAAAAGUUACACCGUGACGCACCGCCAUCAUAAAUCUACCACCUUGGCUUGAAGUAUUCCUAAACAAACCCACUUCAAACAGUUUCCAGCGUGUGGGUAUUCAACAAUGAUUUAAUCUCAGUUCAAAAUCGUCAUUGACAAAGUGUGACCAUCUCGAGUGUGCUGCAUGCCUGAGUCCGAGCUGUGCUGUGAAGUGGUGGCGUGUCCCACGAAGUCCAGAGGUGGUAGGUUUGUUUGUUUGUGGGGGAAGAAGAAGAAGGGGGUAGCUGCGCCCGCCACAGGCCACAACCUGUCCUCUAGCCUGAUGUCUUAUAGGCCACGCCCACUAUACCCACUCUAUCCAACCACAUUUUAUAGCAAAAACCAGCUGAGGAAAAGAAAAACAGAACAAAGUAAAUGUUACCGUGUGUUGCUAAUAGAAAAGUCCAGAUCAUGACGCCAUUGGCUAAAUGAGUUGCUUUGAUUUCAUUGGCUUUCCCUUUUCUCUCCUUCUCUUUGCAUCCUUUUGUCCUCAUGCUAUAAGUUGGCUGGUUCAUCAAUACUCAUGGCGUGAGAGAGACUGACUGAUGGGACUCUGAUGGGCUACAUUAUCUGUUUAUGGACUUUGUCUGAGCCUUCUCAAGAAUUGUAGCUCCCUAAUAUAUUGAUACAAACAGUGCCAUGACUCGAACAAGCCCCUCCAGUUCUUCCAACCAGUCAGAUGCAUGCAAAUCAACCAGGGCGAUACAGGACAAGAAGAGGACUGUGUGUAAGAUUUCAAAAUUAACUAAACAUACUCCCUUCUUCUCUCCAUUCUUAACUGGCCUUUUGACCUCCUUUUCCUUCCUUUUCUUGUUUCCCCUUGUUUGGUAUGUUUCCCUCUCUGCCCUCAGACUUCCUCUGUGUCCGUCUCUUUCUUUUCCCUCACUCUGUUGUGUUGCCAUCUAAACAAAAGGAGGUGUCUCAACCAAUGGGAUUCUUCAUCUAGGUGUUCAUUAACCAUGUUUAUUUUCUAUAUGUACAAUUUUUCUACAGUAUUUACUUUUAUUUUUAUUGUUACGGUUCUUUGAUGAACAUAAAGUGGAAAUUUAUUAUGAAAAAUAGUUUUGAAGAUUAACGAGUAAAUAAAAUAUUAC